AUGGGUAAGAAAAGUCGCCUCACAGGCGGAGCGGUCGGUCGGAGAACAAUUCUACAGCUUUCACCUCCCGGACUCCGCGGUGGGAAUGCCGGAGAGAGGGAAGAAGCACCGUCGGGAUCCGAUGAUGAACAACAGGAGGGUGAUGGACUCAGAUUCGCGAGAGACAGACUCACAAACAUGAAGACUCCCGCAGUAAAGGCCACAGAGGGCUUGUCCUUGCUUGGAGCCUAUGAAGAUAGCGAUGAAGAGGAUGCUGGAGACUGCCAGCCUUCGACUGCAAAUUCUCAACACAACCAGUCAGCGGACAUUGACAGUACAUUGGCCAAUUUCAUGGCUGAGAUUGAUGCAAUCACCACUCAGCCAAGUUCAGAUGAUGCAGCAUCUCAUCCCUCUGUCCCAAAUGCCACGCCACCGAGACCUGAGGUUAACCCUCAGCAGCCAGCUGCCAGUGGAGAACAGAGCCAACAAAGCACAGAGUUUGCGUACAAUACGGAGUACUCACUUGCUGGAGUGGGUGUAGAGAUGGGAGACUGGCAGGAAGUGUGGGACGAGAACUCAGGCUGUUACUACUACUGGAACACUCUGACCAACGAGGUGUCGUGGGAGCUGCCACACUAUCUAGCUGAUCAGGUGCAAAGCCUGGGGCACUAUGCCAACAGUUCUACUGUCAAUGGCAACGGCACAGCCCAUGCAGCUUAUCACACCACAGAAAAUUCUGCUUCUGCUGCAGCUCUGCCAGCAGUGAAAGAGACCAAAGUGAAGGAGGUGAUUGAGAGUGUCGUAGGCCUCACAAGUGAAGAGGAGGAGCGCCGUGGCGUAGCUGCAUCUUUGCUUGGUCCUCUGAUCCCCUCUGAAGUGAAAGAAGCAGAAGAAAAAUGGAGAAAAAGGCUGCUUAAAGGCUUGGAUGAGACUGAGAACAGUUUAGAUUCUGAUGGAGAGGGUGUUCGCCCUGCAGGAUCCCCCUCUACCCCUCUGCGCGACCCUGACCCAGUUCCCACUGUCCAGAAAGAUCCUUGCACCAAAAAGCAGUCGGGAGAUAACUCAGACGCUGAGGAAGAGACAGAGGAAGACACAAUGGAGCUGGAACUGGCUCUGGAGAGGAAAAAGGCUGAGCUCCGGGCACUGGAGGAGGGUGAUGGGAGCGCAGGGGGUUCGAGUCCUUGCUCUGAGACAAGCCAAGAAGCCUCUGGUUCUCGCGGCCUUCCACUGAAGAAAAACCGGUGGAAGACUGCCUUUCCCAGUGCUCCCAGUCCCGACUCUAACAGCAGAGGCUCAGAUCUGCAAGACAACACAGAGACAGCACUUUCUAAAGCCUUAGAGAGUGUUGCAGAAGGAGAAGACAAGGAAACGGACAGUUCUGAAGAGAAAACAGCAAAAAAACCUCAGACAAAAGAAGAGUCGGAAACAGCUGAGCUCAAAGUAGAAACACCUGAGCUCAAGUUUCAGAUUGGAGAACUGGCCAACACCUUAACCAACAAGAUGGAGUUUCUGGGGAUCAACAAAAAGGCGAUCUCAAACUUUCAGUUUCUUCUGCUACAAACUGAGACUCGGAUCGCAGAUUGGAGGGAGGGCGCUCUGAAUGGGGUCUAUCUUCGCCGCAGGCUGCAGGAAGCUGCCGAACACAUAAAAUAUUAUGAACUUAACGCCACCCCUAAAGGCUGGUCCUGCCACUGGGACAGAGAGCACAGGCGGUAUUUCUAUGUGAACGACCGGACCAGUGCCUCCCAGUGGGAAUUCCCAAAGGAGGAGGACAAGGACGAGGACCUGAAAGGCAGCCAGGGUUCACAGUUACAGACUUCAAGUCAAGGAGACACCAAAACAUCGUCUGCACCUGCUGGUGGGGUCACAGGAUUGCCUGCUUUUACUCCAGCUGCCCCACCAGCUCCUCCUCAGCCAAAUGCAUCAUCCCUCUGGUUCCCACCUCAACCUCCUCUUCCUGAGAGCCCUCCUCCACCUUCAAACUACCCCCCGCCUCCCCCUCUCCCACCAGGGUCACCACCUCCACCUCCUCCCCCUCCUGACAGCGAUGGAGAGAUCAUGGAGGUGGAGAUGGAGAUGGAUGAUGAUAAUGAUGGGGAGCCUCCUGCACCUGGAACCGAGGAAGAUGGCAGUGGGAGGCCUCCUUUACCUCCAGGCUCUGCUAGUGUGAAGACUGUCGAGUCAUCGGGUCCCUUGGGAAAGGGUCAGAAGCGAAAAGCCAGUCAGCUGAGUAAAGCCAUUACUAUUGGCAGCAGCCCCAUCCUGUACACCCAGCCUGCCGUCAGUGCAGCUCCUCUAAUGUCAGCAGCUGCCUAUUGGGGUGUGCCAGCUGUCGCUGCUCCUUUGGUCCCCUGUGAACCUCUUGCCCCACCUGUCCCGGCCCUACCUCCACAACCACCACUGCCACCCUCUCAGCCGCCAUUUGAAACGCCUGGAGCCAAAACUCUGCCCAUUGACAAGACCAAGAAAGUGAAAAAGGAUAAGUCAAAGAAGAGUAAGAUCAAAAUGCCUUCUCUGGUGAAGAAGUGGCAGAGCAUCCAGAAGGAGUUGGAUGAAGAAGAGAAAAGCAGCUCCAGUGACGAAGACAGAGAUCAACUUAACAAAAAGAGUAUUGAGGAAUGGAAGCAACAGCAGCUUGUGACAGGAAAAGCUUCAAAGAAUGCCAACUUCGAGGCACUUCCUGAUAACUGGCGGGAACGACUGAAGAAACGGAAGAUGGCGAAUAGCACGUAACAUCCGACCUGGGUUAUACCAGUUAGAGUUGUUUUUUGUUUUUUUUUAAUCCACUCCAACCAUUACUAUCAGGUCAUCAUCAAUUUGUCAAAUGAGCUACGGACUUUCUUUACCAUUUUAGUUGUUCAUGAUGGAGACGUUUAGAGGUCCUUAAAUGGCAGGCCAUUCACCAGAGGGGUUUGAAUGUCCUUUCCUUGUUUUUGUAUCCACUGUUGUAAUUGUGCCAAAAGACUUGAGUUCAUCAGAAAUACUUCACCACCAUUUUGUAGAUGACCAACAGUGUGUUUGGAGGGAUUGUCUAUUUUAUUGAGCAUUUUUAUACCUGUGUACAUAUCAUGUAUAAGGGGAUAAGCCAUGUUUUUGGAAGGGGAGGGAAUGUCAGUUAACUUGUACAUUUUGUAAAAAGUUAUUAAACUGUUUUUCCAAAGCUA